CUCCCAACAUUUCGACUUUGCAGGACUGUUUGCCUCUGCUAGUGAAUCACUCGCUCAGACUCAGAUGGGGACAGGGGAGAACACAUCUGGAUUUGCCUUCCUGAUUAAGCACCCAUAUUAAGAAAUCGAGAUUGACGUCCUUAAUCAUGUCGGAAGAUGAGGAUGAAGGGUGUUGGAACAAACUGGAGCGUCAUCGUGUAAAGCUAAUCUCCAUCAUAGACCCAAACAGGAUCACGCCGUACCUAAGGCAGUGUCGCGUCCUCAGCAGCGAUGAUGAAGAGCAAGUUUUUAAUGACCCCAAUCUUGUCAUCCGAAAAAGGAAAGUCGGUGUGCUUCUGGAUAUUCUGCAGAGGACUGGGUGUAAGGGAUACGUAGCAUUUCUCGAAAGUCUGGAAUUGUACUACCCACAUCUGUUCAAGAAAAUUACUGGGAGCGAACCUACGCGUGUCUUCUCAAUGAUCAUUGAUACAGCCGGUGAAUCCAGCCUGACCCAACUUCUCAUGAAUGAGAUGUUGAAACUUCAGCAGGUCAUCCAGGAGGAGAGGCAGAAUUACAAGCAGCUACAUGCGUUGCUUUGUGAGAAGGAGGACAAAAUCCGGCAGAUGCAAGUCAAAGACAGCGAGCUGAAGAAGCACCAGGAGAGGGUCCAGAAGAUGAAAGAAGAGAGGGAUAACUUCAACAAAGAGCUAAAAAAGUGCAAGGAUGAAAACUACGACCUGGCGAUGCGCUUUGCCAGCCAGAGUGAAGAGAAGAAUUCUGCUCUGAUGAAGAACAGAGAUUUACAACUCGAGAUUGAUAUGCUGAAACACAGUCUGAUGAAGGCCGAGGAUGACUGUAAACUGGAGAGAAAACAAACCUCGAAGCUAAAGCAUGCCAUAGAGAAACGACCCAGCCAAGAUGUCAUCUAUGAACUGCAAAGAGAGAAUGAGCUUCUCAAAUCAAAAAUCCAGGAGUUGGAUGUCCCACUGCAAAGGGUAAACAAGGAAGGGAUGUCGGAGAAAAUCAAACUGUACGUCCAGACUCUGGAGGACGAACGCAGGCAGGCAAUGGAACAGUACCAGGACAUGGUGAAUAACAUGUAUACCCUCAAAAUGUCGCUCCGACGGGCCGAAGACCUGCGAGACAAACACUUGGAGACAAAGGAAGUAUUGGAACUGCAGUGCACCACGCUGAGAAAAGACUCCGAGAUGUAUAAACAACGUAUCGAGUCUAUUCUCCAGCAAAUGGAGGAAGUGUGCCUCGAGCGAAAUCAGGCCAUAGCCACAAGGGAACAGUUUCACAUGCAAUAUUCCAAGGGUCUCCUGGAGAAGGACACGUACCGAAAACAGCUGAGAGAACUGGGAGAGAAGUGUGACGACCUGCAGAUACAACUUAUUAGAAGGGAAGGACAGCUUCUAGCUCUGGAGACUAAGCUGAAAAGACUAGAGACUCCAGUACUGUCUUCUGAUCUGGAAGAUAUUUCAUCGCGAAGUUCCCAGGAGAGCACCAUGAAGAACUGUUCUGAUGAGAACCAUCUGCAAACUAAUAUUGAGGAGGAAGCUGAGCAGGGAGAGAAUAGCGAAAAUCUCGUAGAGACAUCUGAGACAAAACAGAACCUGCACCGACCGCUCUGUGUAGAUCCACUUUACAGAGGCAGACGGCGGAUUAACAACAGUUUUGAAGACAAUCGAAGGAAAAGAGCCUUGAAGAUUAAAAACAACGCUGAAGUGGAAUUUUAUACAACGGAAAGUGAUACAGAUGGAAGUCCAUGAAUUCCAAAGGGAAUGUUCAUCACAAAGCAAAGACUAAAGUUAUGGACUUGGUGGGAACAUACAUUGAGAGGACUACGUCAUUCCACGUAGAAAAUAAUCCAAUACAACCCUAGUUACGCUGCAAUAAUAGCACAGUCUAUUCAUAUUGCACCGUUCGAUCGGAUAACAGGACUUCAUUGCCAGGGGUGUGGGCAACCUCGUGAUGGUAUAUUAGAUGUGUGGUAGUACCAGUAUUUAGCCUAACAGUGGUGCAUUAUUGAGGACGAGCUUGUGUGAGGCAAAGUCCCGGAACUUCCAAUAAAUACCCAACAUUUGGGUUUAUUUCGAACACUGCCGAUGUAUGGAUGUUGGGUUUAUGUGGCAGUAACCAGAAAAGCAACAGAAAUUUCAAUCAAAGAGGGAAAAUAAAUCUAUCACUAUUGCCUAGAAA